CUUAUUUCAGCCCCUGAAGUGCUUGCAUGGCUGGGAUCGCUGGGAUUUUUGAAAUUAUGAAAAACAGCCAGCCUGCACCCCCCAUGUCUGAUAGGAAGAGAGCCCCCUUCUGGGCCAUGGGGACAUGAGCAGGAGGCGAACAGUCAACAAGCAGCAGUAUUUCAAAACAGGCAUUUCAGAAUAAUGGUGUUAAUGCUGCAUGAGCAAACCUUAUUCUGCUACACAUUCUCCAUGCAGUGUCCACGUGUGACCUAGUGCACCGAACUACGUCCACAUAUUGCUGGGCGUGCAGAAGGCGGAAUGAGGGCGAGACCUGUGACGACACCAAGCGAGAGCCGGCACGCGGAAGUUCCGUCAGGAGUGUCGCGUGUCUAGCGGCGCGUUCUGGAAGUUUCUCCACGAUUCGCGAGCAGCCUGAGCGUUUCUGCUGUGCAAAGGAGUCGGCGACUCGCUUGGAAAUGAUCAAAACGGCCGUUUUGUGAAUGGAGGUCAGCCGAUGAAAGAACGGCGAGGGGCGGACGAGUGGAAUGAAGCGACGUGACCGGGCUUGGUCGGGAUUAACGUGUCUUUUAAAAAGUUAAUAUCGCCGUUAAAUAUCGGUCGCCAUGGGUAAAGAUUAUUACCGACUGCUGGGCGUGCAGAAGGACGCCUCGGACGACGAAAUCAAAAAGGCAUAUCGCAGGCAAGCCUUGCGGUACCACCCGGACAAGAACAAGUCACCCGGAGCCGAGGAGAAAUUUAAAGAGAUUGCAGAAGCUUAUGAUGUCCUGAGCGACAAGAAGAAGCGGGACCUUUACGACUUACACGGGGAGGAAGGUUUAAAGGGAUCUCCUAGGGGUGGCGAUUCAGGUGCUUCUGAUUUCGCUUACACGUUCCACGGUGACCCGCAUGCCAUGUUUGCCGAGUUCUUCGGAGGACGUAACCCCUUCGACCACUUUUUUGGGAAAAGCGGGAUGGAUGGGGAUAUGGACAUCAAUGACCCUUUUGCUGGAUUUGGCAUGGGCAGCAUGCCUGGCUUCCAGCAGGCCUUCAGGGUGCGGCCAGGGGGCGCCCCCGUGACCCGAAAGAAAAAGGACGCCCCUCUGGUGCACAACUUGCAGGUGAGCCUGGAGGAGGUGUUCUCCGGGUGCACCAAGAAGAUGAAGAUCUCCCACCGGCGGCUGAACGCCGACGGCCGGACGACACGCCGCGAGGACAAGAUCCUGACCGUGGAGAUCCACCGGGGAUGGAAGGAGGGGACCAGGAUCACCUUCCCCCGGGAAGGUGACGAGACAACCUCCAACAUCCCCGCCGACGUGGUGUUUGUGGUCAAGGACAAGCCACACCCCGUUUUCUGCAGGGAGGGCUCUGACAUCAUCUACCUCAUGAGGAUCCCCCUGAGAGAUGCACUCUGCGGCUGUACUGUCACGGUCCCCACACUGGAUGGGCGGACUAUCACCAUGACGAUCCGGGAUGUGGUCAAGCCUGGGACAAAGAAGCGCAUCGCUGGAGAGGGCCUGCCUCUGUCCAAGUGCCCCGAGAAGAGGGGUGACCUGGUGCUCCAGUUCGAGGUGGCGUUCCCCGAACGGCUGAGCCAAGGGACCCGUGAUACUCUCAGCCAGGUGCUCCCGCCCUGAGUCCCUGCACAGAUGGACGCAGCCUGGUGGCACGACCCCACCACCCACGCUUCUCACUGGGGCUCACUUUGCCAUAUUCUCAAGCACGUCUUCCUGGAACUACAGACUACAGAAAAUAUUUUAAUUCACUUAUUUGUUUAACAAAGCUCACUGAUUAAUACAGAACAUAUUUUUUAUCACCUUAAUCUGUUGUUACCUCUAUCAGAGCAUUAAAAGCAGAAGAGUGGCCUGAUUGGCAGGACACGCUAGCAUAUGCUAACCCGCUUAGCAUGUUUGUCGUCUUAUGUUUGGCAGAUAUUCGAAAGAACAGAAUCAUAAAGGAGCUUUUUAGCUUAGAAGAAGGUGAAUGAGGGGAAAUCGUUGGAUCAAUAUUGUGUGUGAUGUACAUGUUAUAAUACGGCUCGUCAGAAGUCCGUCCUGUCAUGAUAAUGUUUUUGACUGACUGCAGAUGAGUGCAGUUCCACUGGGAGGUGCUGUUACCUGGUGUGGUUCAGCAUUUCAUGAGCUUGUUUCAUGAAUAUGUGCGUGAUGUAUGCAUGAGUCACAGUGAAAAAACUAGAUGUUCCUAAAGAGCAGAGUUUUCUUCACACAUGGAUAACUUUGCUCCCCUUUGUUAUGAACCGGGUUGGUUUUCCCUCACUGAGUUAAUUUUCUUCUCUUCUUUCGUUGUCAUGUGACACCAGAAAAGUCCCAAAUUCUGUGGACUCUGACUACGUCUAAGUUCUUAAUUCAACAGAACUUCGGUACUUCAUUGUGAUUUCCCAAAUUUGGCCGACGCCUCUAGGUACUCAAAUUUCUACUUCCCUAAAAAGAAAAACCUUCUGCGGAUGCAGGAUUGUGCAUCAUGGAUUGUGGAGCAUUUUAAGUUUUGGUUUCCCUCUUUCAUUAAUGCUAAAGUUCCAAACAGUCCCAGGCAUGAGGCCUGAUUGAUGCGAUUAGAAGUAAAUAAUACACUAUAUCUUAUUUAUGAUGUGCCAUUCUGCAAAACCCCAGAAGUGAAAUUAAGUCCUUAGUAGGCAUUACAUUACAGAAAUAACUGCAUUUGUAUAUAUUAUUUGGGGGGAGGGCACAUAUAAUUAUGAUGUUGAAAUUGGUGCAAAAUCCUUUCAAUUGAGUCCAAGCCUGUUGUUGUGAUUCAUUGUUGCGUUUACUGAAUGCUCCGGUAACAUUAAACCAGUCCUGGUCCGGGCUGGGUGUGUCUGUUGUAUUGUUAAACACCUCACUGGUUGGCAGUGCCAGUCAUAGAGGUCAUUCGGGUGUCUUGGAUUCUGUUCUACCUCAGAUAUCUCUGAAUUGCUUAAUUGAUGGUGUUAUACGGACCGGAAGUCAUUUCAGUUGCCGUUUCAGGUGAGGGUCAGUUGGUAAAUGUGUUUAAUUAUGAAUUUACUUAUGCAUAUUUAUUAGCAAAUAUAAAAAUGUCAGUCAGAGAAUGAGUGUUCAAUGUUAGAGAAUGUAUGCUUUGUAUCUAAAACCCAUAUAAUUUUCUUUUUCUCAGACUUUUAGACAGUAAUGGAGAUCGUCAGUGUUGGAUGUGAGGGCAGUGUAACUCAGCUCUGAAACUUCUACCGACACCUGCCUCAUUUUUAAUGAUUUUUGCCUGAUUCUGCUUUGGUCAUUUAAAGCUGAUCACGCAAUACCUGGGUGUGAAGCUACUUAGUGCAAGCUGUGUGGUUCGAAGUCGAACACUAAUCAUUACAGAUCUCAGCUAUCUGAUGCAAUGAAAAUGCUUCCCAACAGCCAUCUUGGGUAGAUUGAUGCAUCAACUACUUAUUUCAUUUUAAAUGCCUUGGACCAGAGAUUAUGCAAAUUUGUUAACUGUGGUCCUCUAGACUCUGGAACUAAUGUAUAUUCCUUGUGUGCAUAUUUAAAUACAACAAUAAAUACUUUUCAAAAA